AUGGGGAUCGACGUCUACUGCUUUGUCCAUCCUCCGCCUGCCGCACUCAUCUGUCCCAUCUGCACCGACAUUGCCUCCUCCCCCGUCGAAGUCUGCGACGAGUCUCACAUCCUCUGCGACUCAUGUUAUGAAGACCUCGUCAAGUCGCAUCGCAACGACGGCAACCAGUCGAAGAAGCGUCCGCGUUGUCCUACUUGUCGCGGACGGACGAAGGAGGCAAGCGAUGUGAAAUGUGGCGUGAGCGACUAUGGCUGCUCGUGGACGGGUACAUACGACGACCUCUUCAAGCACGUCAAGAAGUGUCCCUUAAACGCCUUCCCGUGUCGACACUCCAAGUUGGGCUGCGACGCAAGCCUGCGCUCUCACGAGCUCGCCGUGCACACGGCCUCCUGCCCAAUCCUGCAGAACACUCCAGCUGAUCUGCUCUCCGACCUGGCCGCCAUCGUCAGACGGAUCGACCGCGACUCGCUGGCGAAGCAUGAGCGCAGGAAGCACAAGUCCUACGAGCGGUACCUGCAAGCUCUCCGGGACGCAUGCAAGAGGCGUGAGGAGGAGCUGGGCGGGACGAAGGAGGCGUGA